AUGUCCGAUAUGCUCGACGACAUCAUCGCACAGAACUUCCUUAACUUGAACCUGAAUGAAGAUUUUCCCCCAACUCAAAACAAGCACCGUCUGAAUCGCUCGGCCUCUUUCUUCUCUCCCCCCUCCCCCCCUGCAGCGACCUGUCAUAGUCUAAGCUCAGGGGACCUUCAUAAUGAAGACAGCAACGAAAUAUGGUCGAACAUCUGGAGGCAGGUACCGAUCUCCAAACCCAAACAGCCACCUUUCAGGCCAGACCGCUCCAUGAGCCUGACUGACAGCAGCAGCUUGUUGGCCACACUCAAGAGGCUGGAAGGUUUUUCCUCAGGGCCCACCACGACAGUGGCUCCUCCGCCUGGCUUUGCUCCAUCAGCGAAUCUCCAACCUCAAAGCCCGCUUAUGCUUGCCUCAAACCGUUACAAGACUGAACUGUGCCGUGGCUUCCAAGAAACCGGCAGCUGCAAAUAUGGCAACAAAUGCCAGUUUGCGCAUGGGGAGGCUGAGCUGCGUGGAUUGUACCGUCACCCCAAGUACAAAACUGAGCCAUGCAGAACCUUCUACAACUUUGGCUACUGCCCCUACGGCUCACGUUGCCAUUUCAUCCAUGAGGAAAAGCUUGGUGGUGGCCCGGCCAAACUUCAACACCAGGCACUCAGCACGUCAUCCAGCACCCAGAAUCCUCGACACCAGCUUCGCCAAAGUUUGAGUUUUGCUGGUUUUCUGCACUCUCGUAGCUCACCUCCGCCUCUAUUCCCCUCUUCACUCAAUGAUCCCAAUCUGGCCUUCAGCCGCGCCCCUUCUGUAUCCCCACCUCCUGCUGAUCUUCUCUCUCCAGUUUUUAGCGAAUCUUUUCAAUGUGAAACUUCAGCAUUCCAGUUUGAAUCCCAACUGACCCGUGCCAGUGCUGGGGACAUCCAUAACAUUCCUCUGAUCAUGGAACCAAAGGCCUCACGCUGUGUGUGCGGCCAUGGGAAUAACGACAGAGUCUUUCCCAACAGGGAGGACCUGCUCCCACCUCCAGGAGCUUUGGGGAAACCUGCAGGUCUCCAGCGUUUCUCCUCUGAAGACUCCCUGGAGGACAGCUACAGUAGCAGCAGUGGAGGCUCUUGUGGAUCUGAGUCUCCAACCUUUGAUGGAUCUUCCGCCAAGAGGCUCAAUGUCUUUGAGCGCUUGUCCCUGUCAGAAUGA